AUGCCUACUGGAAUACAAGAACUCUACAACCAAGCGAUAACUACAGCAUCAAUUACAGACUCAAUGGCUAUUUCGAACUUUCUAAACCCUGUGGAAGAGGCUAGAGCGGUGGAAGGACAGACUACCGAUGAAGAACUACUUGAGGAGAUAAUAGAGGGGCAACUUGGGCAUCAGAACUCUCAAAAUGAUGACGAAGAGGAGGAGCAGCCUGAGCAGCCUGCGCCUACGGCAAAGGAGGCCCAGGAUGCCCUCCAGAUACUGAUUGAGUAUUCUGAAGGCCAGGAUGCUCUUACUAACGGGGGCAUAUACGGGCACUAG